CAUUCACAUAGCGAAGGCGCGUAAAGCAGAAAAGUUUAAUAAAGAAAAACAUACGACAAAAUAAUUUGCCCGUCAUAUAGCAUAGGAAUUACUAAGGUACCGGAAGAAUUAAAUCUGGGUGUAUAAUUCCCGAAAAAAAGCAAGAGCAAGCUUUGCCUUCUAUGCCAGUGUGUGUAAAGGCAGCUGUGACAAGCAAAGAUUCGCACUCGAAACUUCUAUUUAACAUUGGUUAACCAACAUAAACGGUUCAUUUUCAUUUUAAACUAAGCAUUGAAAUCAUUGAAUUAUUAACUGAAAGUGAUAUAAAUUUGUUCUGUGAUUUUGUGUAAAGACAUCAACUGCAACCCGAAGAACAAAAAUGGUGAAAUUAAUUGCGAGUAUUGCAAGUCUGCUGGUCGUUCUGGCUCUGGCCAACGUGGCUCAGGCUGAUAGUCUAAAAUGCAACAUCAAGUCGAAUGCCGCCUUCAGCGGAUGGCCCGACAUGAAGGCGCCUUGCAUUAACAGCAUGCGCAAGCAGAUCCAAAAGGAAAUCUUCGCCUCCACCCAAUACUUGGCCAUGGCUGCCCAUUUCGCCACCGACACCGUUAAUCGUCCCGGAUUCACCGAGCACUUUAUCAAGGCCGCCAAGGAAGAGCGUGAGCAUGGAGCCAAGCUGGUUGAAUAUCUGUCGAUGCGUGGUCAACUGACCGACACCGUGAACAACCUUAUCAAAGUGCCGACUGUUGAUGUGAGCAAAUGGACUGGUCUGUCUGCUUUGGAGGCGGCCUUCAAGCUGGAAACCGAGGUGACCAACUCUAUUCGCGCUCUUAUCAAGACCUGCGAGGGCACCGCCAAGAAUGGUGAAGAUAACGAUUACCAUCUGGUCGAUUAUCUGACUGGCGUCUAUCUGGAGGAGCAGCUGACUGGCCAACGCGACCUGGCUGGCAAGAUCACCACAUUGGAGAAGAUGAUGGACUCGCAUGGCGAGCUUGGCGAAUUCCUGUUCGACAAGAACUUGUAAGGGAAAUCAACCCUCAACUCAAUCACUAGCAAGCUAUUCAUAGUUUUAACUGUGCUCUUUCAAAAAAAAAAAACAACAAAUAAAACUAUUAUUUAAAAUUUAC